UAUUAUUACACAAAGUUCUCUUAUUUAUUAUUACACUUUGAGAAAAAAGAAAAAAAGAAAUUAUAAAUAAAAAAUGACGAGUUCACUAGAAGAAAUUCGCAAGGCUCAAAGAGCAAAUGGGCCGGCAACAAUCUUGGCAAUUGGUACCGCAACUCCACCUAAUUGUGUUUAUCAAUCGGAUUAUCCGGAUUACUAUUUCCGGGUUACCAAGAGUGAGCAUAUGACUGAGUUGAAGGAGAAGUUUCAACGCAUGUGUGAUAAGUCUAUGAUUAAGAAACGUUACAUGUAUCUGACGGAAGAAUUUCUCAAGGAGAAUCCCAAUAUGUGUACUUACAUGGGUGCAUCACUAGAUACUCGUCAAGACAUUGUGGUGGCUGAGGUUCCAAGGCUUGGUAAAGAGGCAGCAGUUAAGGCAAUAAAGGAGUGGGGUCAACCUAAGUCUAAGAUAACCCAUGUUAUCAUGUGUACCACCUCCGGUGUAGACAUGCCAGGGGCAGACUAUCAGCUCACCAAGCUUCUUGGCCUACGCCCUUCCGUCCGCCGUUUCAUGCUCUACCAACAAGGUUGCUUUGCCGGUGGAACCGUCCUUCGCCUUGCCAAAGAUUUAGCUGAGAACAACCGUGGUGCACGUGUCUUGGUGGUUUGUUCUGAGAUUACAGCCAUUUGUUUCCGUGGGCCUACUGAGACAUACUUGGACUCUAUGGUUGGCCAAGCCCUUUUUGGAGAUGGAGCUGGAGCUUUAAUUGUUGGUGCUGAUCCGGAUGAGUCCAUUGAACGGCCUUUAUUUAAGAUGGUAUGGGCAGCCCAAACUUUACUCCCGGACUCUGAGGGUGCUAUCGACGGACAUUUGCGUGAAGUGGGCUUAACUUUUCAUCUACUAAAGGAUGUUCCUGGGCUUAUUUCUAAAAACAUAAACAAGGCCCUUGAGGAUGCCUUCACCCCUCUUGGGAUUAGUGAUUGGAAUUCCAUCUUCUGGGUAGCUCAUCCAGGUGGGCCUGCAAUCUUGGACCAGGUUGAGGCUAAAUUGGGCCUUAAGGAAGAGAAACUCAAGGCAACCCGCAACGUGCUAAGUGAAUAUGGUAAUAUGUCUAGUGCAUGUGUACUCUUCAUCUUGGACGAGAUGAGGAAGAAGUCGAUGAAGGAAGGGAAGUCAACUACCGGAGAAGGGCUCGACUGGGGUGUUUUAUUCGGGUUUGGGCCUGGACUUACUGUCGAGACGGUUGUGCUCCACAGUGUUCCUUUGAACUGUUAAAAUGUAUGGUGGAAGAUAUUAGUUGACUAGUGAAAUGGUGGCAGGAACAAAAACUUCUUUACUUAAUAUUUGCAUUUGUAAAAUGUUUUAGUUAUUAUCGUUGGUUGUUGUUUCUUGUAGCUUUGUAAGUUUGUAGUUUGAGAAUAAGCCAAAAGUUGUACUCUCUUAAAUAUACGCAUUAAGAUUUAUUAAUUUCAUAGGUAAUUCAAUAAUAACGAUAUUAUAAUGUCGAUGAAAGUAA